AGACUGUACAUGCCAUUUGGCUUGGGGAACAGAACGCACGAUGGGACAACCUCAAAGAUAUCUCUCCAGACGGGAUCUCUUACUUGGGUGAUGUGUCUGCUCACCUGACUGUCUUCAUACCCAAAGGAUUUAUUUUCCCUUUGGAAAUAUUUUAAGUUAAAAUCUUGUUCCUUACUGGAAACUGUCUACAGUAAAGACUGCACGCAUCAUGGGUGAUAUGGCAAACAACUCGGUUGCAUAUAGUGGUGUAAAAAAUGCUGUAAAAGAAGCUAAUCAUGGAGAUUUUGGAGUUACUCUUGCAGAGCUCCGUUCUCUCAUGGAACUUCGAGCUACAGAUGCACUCCAUAAAAUACAGGAAUGCUAUGGAGAUGUACAUGGCAUCUGUACAAAAUUGAAAACUUCACCAAAUGAAGGUUUAAGUGGAAAUCCAGCAGAUAUAGAAAGGAGAGAAGCAGUUUUUGGGAAGAACUUUAUACCUCCUAAAAAGCCAAAAACAUUUCUUCAGUUAGUAUGGGAAGCACUACAGGACGUUACACUAAUUAUAUUAGAAAUUGCAGCCGUAGUGUCCUUGGGCCUUUCUUUUUACCAGCCUCCAGGAGGAAAUGAAUCACUAUGUGGAUCAGUAAAUGUUGGUGAAGAAGAGGAGGAAUCUGAAGCAGGUUGGAUUGAAGGAGCAGCAAUCCUCCUAUCUGUAGUUUGUGUGGUAUUAGUAACAGCUUUCAAUGACUGGAGUAAAGAGAAACAGUUUCGGGGAUUGCAGAGCCGUAUUGAACAAGAACAGAAAUUCACAGUCAUCAGAGGUGGCCAAGUCAUCCAAAUACCAGUAGCUGACAUAAUUGUUGGAGAUAUUGCACAAGUGAAAUAUGGUGAUCUUUUACCGGCUGAUGGUGUACUCAUUCAAGGAAAUGACCUCAAAAUUGAUGAAAGCUCACUGACUGGAGAAUCUGAUCACGUUAAGAAAUCUCUGGACAGAGAUCCUAUGCUGCUGUCAGGUACACAUGUGAUGGAAGGCUCUGGAAGAAUGGUAGUUACUGCUGUGGGUGUGAACUCUCAAACUGGAAUCAUCUUUACCUUACUUGGGGCUGGAGGAGAUGAAGAGGAGAAGGAGAAGGAAAAAGAGAAGAAGGAUAAGAAAAGUAAAAAGCAAGAUGGAGCUGUUGAAAAUCGUAACAAAGCUAAAGCUCAGGAUGGUGCAGCCAUGGAGAUGCAGCCACUGAAGAGUGAGGAUGGUGGAGAUGGAGAUGAGAAAGACAAGAAGAGAGCAAAUUUGCCAAAGAAAGAAAAGUCAGUUCUUCAAGGCAAACUUACAAAGCUUGCAGUUCAAAUUGGCAAAGCAGGUCUGUUGAUGUCUGCAAUCACAGUCAUUAUCCUUGUGUUAUAUUUUGUAAUUGAUACCUUCUGGGUUCAGAAGAGACCUUGGCUUGCUGAAUGUACACCAAUUUAUAUUCAGUAUUUUGUGAAGUUCUUCAUUAUUGGAGUUACAGUCUUGGUGGUGGCAGUACCAGAAGGUCUUCCACUUGCAGUCACUAUAUCUCUGGCUUACUCUGUUAAGAAAAUGAUGAAAGAUAAUAACUUGGUGAGACACCUGGAUGCGUGUGAAACAAUGGGCAAUGCAACAGCUAUUUGCUCAGAUAAAACGGGAACAUUGACCAUGAACAGAAUGACAGUGGUCCAAGCCUACAUCAAUGAAAAACAUUAUAAAAAAAUUCCAGAACCAGAAGCUAUUCCAGAGAAAACUAUGGCUUACCUUGUGACAGGAAUUUCUGUUAAUUGUGCUUAUACGUCCAAAAUACUGCCUCCUGAAAAAGAAGGUGGCCUACCACGUCAUGUUGGAAAUAAAACUGAAUGUGCCUUGCUGGGAUUGCUCUUGGAUUUAAAACGUGAUUAUCAGGAUGUAAGAAAUGAGAUACCAGAAGAGGAUUUGUACAAAGUGUACACCUUCAACUCUGUUAGAAAAUCUAUGAGUACUGUGUUAAAAAACUCUGAUGGCAGUUUCCGGAUAUUCAGUAAAGGUGCCUCUGAGAUAGUUCUUAAAAAGUGCUUCAAAAUACUGAGUGCUAAUGGAGAACCAAAGGUAUUUAGACCUAGGGACCGCGAUGAUAUCGUGAAAACCGUAAUUGAGCCAAUGGCUUCUGAAGGACUCAGAACCAUCUGCCUGGCAUUCAGAGACUUCCCAGCAGGGGAACCUGAGCCGGAAUGGGACAAUGAAAAUGAUAUUGUUACUGGUCUGACGUGCAUUGCUGUUGUUGGGAUUGAAGAUCCUGUGAGACCUGAGGUACCUGAUGCAAUAAAAAAAUGUCAGCGUGCAGGCAUAACUGUACGUAUGGUCACUGGCGAUAACAUUAACACUGCUCGUGCUAUUGCGUUAAAAUGUGGUAUUCUGAAUCCUGGUGAAGACUUCUUGUGUUUAGAGGGCAAAGACUUUAACAGGAGAAUACGCAAUGAGAAAGGAGAGAUAGAGCAAGAGCGAAUAGAUAAAAUUUGGCCAAAGCUUCGUGUUCUUGCAAGAUCUUCUCCCACUGACAAACACACUCUAGUAAAAGGUAUAAUUGACAGCACUGUCUUUGAACAGAGGCAAGUUGUAGCAGUAACUGGUGAUGGUACCAACGAUGGUCCAGCUCUGAAGAAGGCAGAUGUUGGAUUUGCUAUGGGUAUUGCUGGAACAGAUGUAGCUAAAGAAGCUUCUGAUAUUAUCCUUACAGACGACAACUUCACAAGUAUUGUUAAAGCAGUUAUGUGGGGACGAAACGUGUAUGACAGCAUCUCCAAGUUUCUUCAGUUCCAGCUUACUGUCAAUGUAGUAGCCGUAAUUGUUGCUUUUACAGGAGCAUGCAUAACCCAAGAUUCUCCGCUUAAAGCCGUGCAGAUGCUGUGGGUAAAUCUCAUAAUGGACACAUUAGCUUCUCUUGCCCUGGCAACAGAACCACCCACUGAAGCUCUUCUGUUGCGAAAGCCUUACGGUAGAAACAAACCUUUGAUUUCUCGUACAAUGAUGAAGAAUAUUUUGGGUCAUGCAUUCUACCAACUCGUAGUGGUCUUCACACUCCUAUUUGCUGGUGAGAGAAUUUUUGAUAUCGAUAGUGGAAGAAAUGCACCCCUGCAUGCUCCUCCUUCAGAGCAUUAUACUAUUGUAUUUAAUACAUUUGUGAUGAUGCAGCUUUUUAAUGAAAUUAAUGCCCGAAAAAUUCAUGGUGAAAGAAACGUUUUUGAAGGAAUCUUUAACAACGCUAUCUUCUGUUCUAUUGUUCUGGGGACAUUUGUUGUGCAGAUAAUUAUUGUGCAGUUUGGUGGGAAGCCUUUCAGUUGCUCAGAACUCUCAAUUGAACAAUGGCUGUGGUCCAUUUUCCUGGGCAUGGGAACACUACUCUGGGGCCAGUUGAUUUCAACAAUUCCAACUAGCCGUCUGAAAUUCCUUAAAGAAGCUGGUCAUGGAACACAAAAGGAAGAGAUUCCUGAAGAAGAACUAGCAGAAGAUGUAGAGGAGAUCGAUCAUGCUGAGAGAGAAUUACGUCGUGGUCAGAUCUUGUGGUUUAGGGGCCUAAACAGGAUACAAACUCAGAUGGAUGUAGUGAAUGCUUUCCAGAGUGGAAGUACCAUUCAGGGGGCUCUAAGGCGGCAACCCUCCAUCGCCAGCCAGCACCAUGAUGUAACAAAUAUUUCUACCCCUACACAUGUAGUGUUUUCCUCUACUACUGCUUCUACUACUGUGGGGUAUCCGAGUGGUGAAUGCAUUUCGUAGCUCCUUGUACGAGGGGCUAGAGAAACCUGAGACACGAAGUUCAAUUCACAAUUUUAUGACGCAUCCUGAGUUUAGAAUAGAAGACUCCGAGCCUCAUAUUCCCCUUAUUGAUGAUACCGAUGCUGAAGAUGAUGCUCCAACAAAACGCAACUCUACUCCCCCACCCUCUCCCAAUAAAAAUAACAAUGCGGUUGACAGUGGAAUUCACCUUACAACAGAUAUGAACAAGUCUGCUACCUCUUCAUCCCCAGGGAGCCCGCUACAUAGUUUGGAAACAUCACUCUGAUUGUAAGCUGAGUGUUAACACACUAGCUGCGUUGUAAAGAAAUUGAAACUGGGUCUCUUCACACAUUAUGAUGGACAAGAUGACAUUCUUGUCUUGGACUUCAACAGAAGACACACUUGUACGAAUGUAGAUUUAUUUUUUUAAAAAAAAGCUUUCUGCCAGACUGGAGGGUGCUUUUCUGGGGGUGGGAGUAAUAAUGAACUCUGACAGAUAAACAGUAACUCAGCAUAAGUGACCUGUGGAUCAUCUGUUGUACUUAAGAAUGGUCCUGAACAGUGUGUUAGCAGAGCUUUAGUUUGUCAUGAUCCUUUUCUGAGGGGAAGGCUGGGAAGGGCAAGGAGGCCCUGGAUCAUUGAAUUGAUACUUUAAUUUCUGCUGUUGGCUGUUAAUAAUUUGGAUUAUUUAUGUUUAUAAAUGAUACAGAUCUGUUUACAAGGUUUGUAGAUACUUUUUUUGUUCCUGUUCAUAGAUGGGAAGCUUCCUUAUAAAUGAUGAAGAGAAAAAAAAAAAAAACACAAAAAAAACUUAGUCCUUCAAAUACUGCUGUAUUUUCAGGAAAAGGGUGUUUCUAUUGAAACUGUACUAAAUUUUGCCUGCAAUUUACCUUGUUAAAUAUUGUAGAUAAAUUGCUAAUACUAAUAGCCAAAUAGAUAACACUAAUGCUUUGUAAAAACAUGAGCAGUGGUGUUCUAAUGAAGGUAUGGCCUCUGUCCUAAUUAGUUUCUUAAAUACAUUUACUACUUAAUGGUUUUGAAACAACUGUUUAAUUUUUAAAAAUUUUGAGAAACUUACUGAAUAACUUUUGUUCAGAACUUAGUAGGAUUGUUUAAUGCAGGACAUCAAUAUGUGAUGGAACUUGCUUGAAAUAUUUCUGUUAUCUCGGGCAAAAUGGAUUAAAUCAAAAUACAUCAGAAUCUUAGUCCUUUUUUUUUGUCUAAACAUGUUAGUUUAGUGCUGUCUUGGUGAACUGUGAGUGGAACUGUGAUUUUUUUCUAAUCUAUAGAAUCCUUCAUGCAGCAUGAGGGCUGUUGGCAUUUUGAAAGGUUGUUAGUGGGUAGCAUACAUGUUCUCCUUUUUGUUUUUGAAACUUGUUUGUAAACAUGAAUAAAUCUGCCCUUUUGUUAAAAUAAAAUUGCA